GUUCCGUAUAGAGCUAAUACGGGGGUUACUAUGAAAAUUUUGGAAAAGAUGAAUAAAAACAAAUAUUUAUAAUGGUGUAGAAGAGCAUUGACCUUUCUCUACCAACUACUAAAUGGCACAGCAAACACACUUAGGCCGCAUCGGGAUUUUAAUACACUUUGAUAGGGAAACAUGGCCCAAGUUUCGGAAACUUUGUUGUAUCUACGUUUUACUUUCAUUCUUUUUUCAGUUGUUUUUAAGUGCUUUUUAUUAUAUCCAAACAUUUGCAGAUUUAUGUAGGGACGAAUUCUUCUCAUUGGGAUGUUGUGUGGAGAGUUCCACAGAGCUCCCAUAGGUUUGCAUUUGAAUAGCGUUUUUCUCUCGGCAAAUCCUAGUCCUUACUGUUCACUGUUAACUUUAGUUCGUGGAAUGGCUGCAAUUACUGCGCAGGCUGUUCACGAAGAUGAGGACAUUUUUCUUGAAAUUCCAACUCAAUCGCCAACCUAUUUUGUUUCAACGAGCAAGAAACCAUCAGCGACAAAAUCGUCUUUCGAUCAUCCUAUGUAUAGGAUAAUAAAACGUUCACCUUUAUCGGAAGGAUAUUUUAGACCAGUGGAAAAUGGCCUCUUAAGUUACGAAAAUCCGAAUUAUCGACUAGGUCCCUCAACUCGUUUGGACGAUGCUUUGAAUUCAAACACAGAGAAUAUAUAUGAAGACAUCUAUCAGGAACUAGACGAUAUUUGUAACAUGGGUCACGGAGGGAAGGGCUCUAUUGCUACGAACGCCAGUAGAAAAGCUUACGCCGCUUUAGAUAUUACUUCAAUGGGUGUAGAUAUUAAUAAAGGACCUGUCACUCAGAAUUAUAUGGACAAUAGAAGGGGUAAUGAAUGGAAUGGAAAUUCUUUGUCUGAUAAGGACUUGAGUGAAAGUUCUACUGUCUGGGAAAACCUGUUCGAUAAAACUGUUAUGACCAAGGAAGACGAAAACGGUAUUCAACAUAUUGUAGGUAGUAUAACGAAUGAUUUGUAUGCAGUACCAAUGAGAAAAUGUCCUAAAAGUCUAGACCAAAUAGAUAAACUUAAUUCACCAGAUCCAGAAAAAGAAUGGGAUAGUCAGAAUGAGUUGCCUCCUGGUUGGGAAAAACACGAAGAUAACGAUGGUCCGUAUUAUUGGCACAUAAAGAGUGGCACUAUUCAAAGGGAAAUCCCGAUUAUAGAAAAUCAUAAAUUAGAAAAAUCGAAUUCAAAAUUGAACCUUAAAGAGAGUGCUCUAAUAUCAUCUUUCGAAAAUAACUUAUCAGUUACUAGAAGCUGCACUAGUUCCGCUUUAAAUUUAGAAAGUGACGAUAGGAAAAGAAAAGAAGAAAUAGCUUUAAAGAGAAGGAGUUUUCCUUCAAAACCCGACCAAGAUUGCAAAGAACGUCCUAUAAGAUUUGCAGUAAGAUCUCUGGGAUGGGUAGAGAUAUCAGAGGAUGAUCUAACUCCGGAACGAAGCAGUAAAGCUGUAAAUAAGUGUAUUGUUGAUCUGUCCUUAGGAAGGAAUGAUCUGUUGGAUGUUGUAGGAAGAUGGGGUGACGGUAAAGAUUUAUUUAUGGAUUUGGAUGAAGGAUCAUUGAAAUUGUUUGAUCCGGAAAAUCUAACUGUGUUAAAUACGCAACCGAUUCAUACCAUAAGAGUUUGGGGUGUAGGAAGAGACAAUGGAAGGGAUUUUGCAUACGUAGCUAGAGAUAGGACCACUCGUAAGCACAUGUGCCAUGUAUUUAGAUGCGACAUGCCAGCUAGAACAAUUGCAAAUACUCUUAGGGACAUAUGCAAAAAAAUUAUGAUAGAAAGAAGUUUGCAACAGAAUUUAGGAAAGGCUAUUGAUGUUAAUGGAAAAUCUUUAGCGACUCGACCAAAUAACUUACCAACAGAACACAGACGUCCAGCUAGAAAUUCACAAAUUUUUGUUUCUCAAUCUUUUCCAACUCCAAUGGAAGAACCAAAAAAGAUUCUCCGAGCCCAGUAUUUAGGUUGUACGCAAGUAGCAGCUGCCACAGGUAUGGAUGUCCUGAACGAAUCUAUUGAUAGGUUGAUGACUACAGUACCUCCAGAACAGUGGCAACCUGUUAAUAUCUCGAUAGCUCCAUCUAUGAUCAGUAUUCAUCAUCCUAAUGAUGAACGUGUUUUGGCAGAAUGCAGGGUUAGAUAUUUAUCAUUUUUGGGUAUAGGCAAAAUAAUUAAGCAUUGUGCAUUUAUCAUGCACACAGCACAAGAUACUUUCAUGUCGCAUGUCUUUUAUUGUGAACCUUCGUCAGGCGCUUUAUGUAAAACUAUAGAAGCCGCGUGCAAGCUAAGGUAUCAGAAAUGUCUUGAUGCUCACCCUCAAGGAUUGGGAAAUCCGAGUACUAAUGUACAUACACCCGGCAGCAGUAUUGGAGCAGCUUUAAAAUCAAUUGUAGGAUCACUUCGAGGACGAAAGAGCAAGAGUGCAGAAUCUUGAGAAAAAAUAAUAUUUAUUCAGGACUCCGGCACAGGGUCAGCAGAACGUGAUGUGAUCAAACACAGGCACCUGCAAUCACCUUUAACACAGAAAUAUUUUAGUAUUAGUAACCCUCCGUCUGCAAACCUCAGCUCUCUCCUUUCACCUACAAUGGUAGUCAAGAGAUACCAUAAUAUGUAUCAAUAGCAUCGCCGUGAAUCCCUCAAUUAAUAUUUUCUCCUAUUUGAAGAGCAUUGUAGGUUAAGAUUAUGUAAACUAAAUAUGAAAUUGUUGAAUCUCGAUAUAAUAAAGUUAUUUUCUUUUUUUUAAAUUCAAUCUACUAAAUCUUUUAACGGCGGCUCUUAUUAAAGGCAUGCCAUUUGGAAAUCGGUUGAAUCAUCGUCGUUUGCUUACCAUUUUGUUAAUGUAUUUUACUCUGUUUCGCGCUUUUUUAAACGCUUCAUAUAAAUAAGUGUUUUGAAAAGGGCUAUACGCUGUUAUGUGUUGUAAAAUAAAUAUUGUAGAGAUCAACAAUUGGUUUGAUCCAAUGUUCAAAGUUGAAGAUAAUCUCAUUGCAGUAUUCCGAGUGGUUAACUAUUGGUUAGUAAUACAGAUUAGAAACAAAAAAAGAGACCAAAAUAAAUUGUUAAAGCAUGCUUAGCUUUUAUUCUGACAAAUCCAGCAGUACCGUAAUCAGUGGUAAUUGUCAUCUCAUGCUAUACUGUUGAUUUGUUCCCAAAUUUAGUGAUCAGCGCAUUUACGUUUUAUAUUUGCAUCAUAUUUAGAAUAGUGCUCGUGUUUACUACGUUUAUGCUCUAGAUGUUCAAAUAUAUUCAAAAAGAGUAUAUACAAUUCACUGGCUUAUAAAUAUAUAAAUAUAAUAUCGAAAAAUUUCAAUCUAGAUCAAAAGAAUAGAUAUGUUAGCUAUUAAGAAAAUCGUGUCAUUUUUGAUAUACAACUCUAGCAAUUCUGGUGAUAAUAUGUUGUUUAUAUAUUCGAAAAUGACAAAGAAGGAAUUCUCAAAAAAUACAAUUUUUACUUGACAAAAUAGUCAUUUGCAUUCUAAGAUUUCCUAUGAUCUAAUAUAUAAGUCACACUUUUCUAAGUCUAAAUUAUAGCAUCUCAUGACAAUAUUACUACUUGUCAGGAUUCUGGUGUGUAUUUUGCAAUAAAAGCUUAGAAAGGUAAAAUAUAUAUGACAUUAUUCAAUUUUGAAACCAUAACAUAUCAAGUUAUGUGUUGAAUAAAAAUCUGCAAAUUUUGAUCAUAACAUUGUGAGGACGACCAGAAAGGUCAUAUAUACCACUGCUAAAAAAACACUACUCAUCUUCUGUCUUCACUUGCACAUAUUUGUCGUUUCUUCAAGACUUUUUAACAGUAUGUACAAAUGGCACCCAUGAUUAAACUAUUCAUAUCAGUCUGUUAUUGAUUCAACAUUAUGUAUUUUUAUUUUAUAUCUAUUUGACUCCAAAACAUAGAUUGUUUCACAAUAAUUGAUAUCGGGGCUUACAACCCAAACAGACCGAGUCAAAAAUUGUCUAUGACCAAGUUACUAGUAAGGCCGACCGACCACGAUGCAACUGUUUUAAACAGAGGUUGCAAACCAGUUGAUCUUGCAACAAUUUUGCAAUCAAAAUAAAACUUUUGGGCGCAUAUGGAUACAACUCUUAAUCAGUUGGUGUAGCAAUGAAAAGUAAUUUUUCAAAGUAUUCAGACUCAGACCGAUCUAGAUAUUUUUCAUUAAACAUUGAAUACAUUUUUUUGACAUCCAAUCCUGCAUCAAGAUAUUCAAUUUUUUUUCCUGCAUAAUGUGUCUUUUUACUAGGAAAGCAGAGGGUGUGUUCAUUGGCAUCAUUCAAGAACUGUAUUUGUUUUCGGGUGACAACCUCUGUUAUCUGUAAGACUCUUCCUUUCAUUAAGCAAAUCACAAAGUCUGCGAACUCUGGCUUCAGUAACUUCAUAUAGGCUGAUAAAUACCCUCUUGCAGACUUUAAGUUUAUCAGUUUGUUUUCAGACAUAGAAUUGAAAAGCAUUUUGCCUCUGUGUACCAUUUUUAUUCGAGGACGCCUCUGUUUUAAACGAUACUUAUCAAUAAGUAUUUGAAGAAAUAUACCCUGCUCAUUCUUAGUUUAAAAAAAUUGGAUAUUCAAAAGUCAUCAGUCAGUCAAAAAUUAUCUUGGUAGAAAUUAGUAAAACAUUCCUUCUUACAUCUGCAUUAAAUAAGCGAUAUAUUAGGUCUAUAUAGGCUCCGAUAAAAAAAACUUCAACUGAAUUAAGGUUUAUGGUAAACUUGCCUGUUAUUUUCACCGGUAGCGAUUUGUUUUCAUUGAUAAUGACUAUAUGCGUGUCUUUUAACUUCAGAAUUUUUCAUAAAAUUCUUUUUAUACUUUGCAGGAUUACACGUUCUCUUCUAUUUUCGACUCACCAUCACUCUCAGUUUCACUUAAAGACAUUUUUCAAGCUAAAAUUACUUUUUGCACAAAAUAAUUUAGUAAAAGACAAGUGAACAACAAAUUUGGCAUUAACGGCGAGAGUUUACGAAAGAUUGUUGAACCAAUGAAAACAAAGCAAAUAUAAAAAUGUCCAACUCAGUCUAAACUUCUUCUUCCAUCUUCCACCUCUUAAGUCACUGACUAAUGUUAUUUAUGCAACGUCUUUCACGCGGUAUUAUUGAAAGGGGAAGGAGUGUAUUGACUCAUGUGGUUUUAACACAGAAUACGCAUCUUCUUUCAAGAAACCAUUUUCAGCAAAAAAGUGGAAAAAAAUGUGACUUAACGAGUUUUUUCAAAUUACCGAUUAAAUUCAUAUUUUAUCUAAAAACUUUUCGGUUGGAAACGUUUUCACCGUUUCCAAUUCAACUUGAUUUCAAUCUGAAAAAUGCAUGUUUGUCUUCAUAAUAAAGAGGUUUAUUACCAGAAUUGCGGUGGUACUUGUAAAAAUUUUAGUAUCUACUUGAAAUGUUGUUAAAAUUACAGUUAAAAUAUUUAAAUCUCAUUUGGGCAAAUUGAAAGUAUUAAGUAAAUGUUUCAAUUACGGCUUGAACAUUGUUUAUCUUUACAAUAUUUAUCUUGAAUAUUUAAGUCAAUAAUUCUUUGUAAAUAAUAUAGUAUACUUUCGGAACGAAUAAUACGUAAGUUAUGUGUUUUAAACUCGCAAAAUGAAAAAAAUGCUUAUUUUUAUAUUGGGUGUGUAAUCGUGCAGCUAUUUUUAUAAGUAUGAAAUGUCCUUUUGUCACUAAAACAGAAUGAAUUCUGCUGCUAUUCCAAAAUGAUGAGCCAAGAUAUGAAGUGAUGACGUUAUUGGUAAUGCUUCUCUAAAAAUGAUAGACGUGAUCGUUUUUUUUUGUUUUAUAAAGUCCGCAAAAUAAGUUUUAUUUGAAGAUUCCAAUUACUGUGUACUCCAUUUGAUCCAGACUAAUUCAGUGAAUAUAACAAUCUUGUUAUUUCUUUCAAUUUUUCCCGCAUUAAUUCCAAACAAUUCAAUACAAAUAGAAAAAUCUGUUUUCUCUCAAAAUUUUACCAACCUCAUCCGAACCUAGAAGACCUUCUAUGUAUCGUUAUUACCUUAUAAUUCAAUAUAAUCUAAGAGACACAUAUGUGUGAUUUGUACUGAUUUAGCUGUGAUGAUCUUAUUUCGCCAUUUGAUGUACCACUAAUUAAGCAGGUCAAUAUGAUUUUGUAAAUAUUCAGUAGCUGUUAGUGGGACUUCGUUUGUAGCUAAAAUGUCUACAUCGUCUACAUCAUCAGCGAAUGAAGCCAUUUUAGUGUUACUGGUAUAUCGGAUGUAAACAUAAGGAAACUCGGUGGCCCUAAGACACUACCUUGGGGAACUCCAGAUUUAAUAGAAAAGAAAUUAGAUUUCUAGUCUGAGAAUCUUACAGAAAAGGUUCUAUUCGAUAAGUAUGAUUUGAGGAAAAGGUAGUAAUUAUUUGAAAGGCAGGUUUUUAAUUUAAUAGAUAGAGUAGACCUCUGUGCCACAACUUAUCAAAGACCUGAGAUAUUUCUAGGAAUACCGCAUUACAAUACUUUUUGUCUUCAAGACCCUUGGAGAUUUCAUUUAUCAAUCUGUGAACUUGCUGGGUUGUAGAAUGAUGUUCUCGAAAUCCAAAUUGAUGAUUAGGUAGUAACUCCAUGAGAUCAUGAUCCGUGUUUAUCCUUCUUAAUAGCCGUUCUAGGACUAUACUAUAUGCAACAAACUGAUAGGUCUGUAGGAUGAGGUGUUUUGGUUUUUGUACCAUGGUAAUCUCCGCAUAUUUCCAGACUUUUGGAAAGUAAGACAAGCUUAGGAUACGAUUAAAUAUUGUUAUUAAAAAGAUAAUAGCUUUACGUGAUAAAUGUUUCAGAAUUUGUCCAUUGAUAAAGUCAUAUCCAGGUGUUUUAUGGUUAUUAAGUAUAUCUAUUUCUUGUUUUAUUCCUGUAGGAGAGAAUGGUUUUAUGGGAAGUUACAUUUAACAGGAAGCAUUAAUGACUUCUUCAACUUCUUGAUCUACUUCUUCUGGUUCAGUAUUGAAAAUCUUAGUCAGAUGGGCAGCAAAUGUAACAGCCUUCUCUUUAUCUGAUCAAGUCCCCUCUCCGUUUGGUUUACGACUAGGAGGUACGGGUGCUUGAGGUCUUUUAGUUUUUUUGUAGCCUUCCAUAGAGUUUUAUCAUUUAUGGAUAAGUUGGUCAAGUAGUGAUCAAAUGAAUCGUUUUGUGCCUUUCUAAAUGCUGUUUUUAGUUCCUAUUCAGUCUAUGUAUACAUGUUGGUCAAUGACGUUUCUGGUUCUUUGCCUAUUUGUCUUGAAAAAUCGUUUCUAAGACCAAUGUAAAAAGAAUAUUUGCUUGAACUUUAUUUCACAUCAGGAAUUUUUCCAUUUUGAUCAAAACAGAAAUAACUACUCUUGUUGUAUCGUUUGUAGCACUGUUUGGCUUAGAGCAACGGAAACAAUAGAUAUUAACUACUUUAACCUUUAACAAGUAAAUUUCGUGGAGCCUUAUUUGUUUUUUCACACUAUCAUCGAUAAUAUAUCAAAACCGUUCCAAUUAUUACUUGUUUAAUAGAAUAAUAAAAACAGUUUUUCGUGGGAAGUAUUUUCAAAAGUUGGGUCAUCACUUUAAGCGUUAUCCAAGUCCAAAUAUAUAUAUAUAUAUAUAUAUAUAUAUAUAUAUAUAUAUAUAUAUAUAUAUAUAUAUAAAUAACAAAUGUUUUAGAAUUGUUCACAUAAGUACAAUUAUUUUAGGACAAAAGAACUACUACUGCCUCUCGUUGGUACUGUUGUAAAAUACUAAGCUGUAUAUUGUUAAAUAUAAAUAUCAUUCCAAAUAUUUAUCACACAAAAAACUGGUUUUAGAAUAUUUCUUAUUGCUGGUUUUAGAGUUUUAAGAUAUUUGUUCAUAAUAUACAAUUAUGAUUAAUAUGUCAUAGUAUCUAAAAUGUAAAAUCAUUCACUUAACCUUUUGGUAGGUCUGUAACCCAAUUAUUUUUAUUCUUCUUCUAUCUUGGGGCUCUAUCUAAAGUUGAUGAAUUAUUAACUAUUCAUAGUGUUUACUAUUCCGUUAUAACAUAAUUUUAUGGACACAUAUUUGUAUAGUUAGGUUCUACAAAUAUCAUGGUAUAUAAUAUAUGGGGUGUCUCAUAACGAUCCAAAACUACUUUAGUUGGGAAAAAAUACGUUAUACUAAGUGGUCGAGGAAUACUCCUGAUCUUUUCUUUAAUAUUGUUCCUUAAAUCUGUCAAAUUUCUUGGAUAAUUCUCGUAGACCAUGCUAUUAAGAUAACCCCAUAAGAAAAAAUCAGGUGGGGUUAAGUCAGGCCAUUCAAUUUCACCUCUUCAUGAAACCACCUUUUCUAGGAACAAAUCGUGCAAUACAGCUAAAGAGUUAUUAGUGGUGUGCGAUGUGGCCCCAUCCUGCUGAAAUCAUGUCAGCCGGUUACAAUGCUCACAUUGUUCCAGUUGAGUCCCGAAAAAAUUGCGUAUCAUGUCGACAUAGCGUGCAGAAGUUACAUUCACUGCAUGUCCUCGAUUACCUUCAUAAGUAGGGCCCAAUAAUACAAUUCGCCGACAGAACGACCCACACGGUGACUUUUGGGCUAUGUAACGGGGGUUUAUGUAAGGUCUAUAAAUUCUUUUCUUCCCAAAAACGACAAUUUUGGCGAUUUAUGUAUCCAUCCAAAUGAAAAUGUGCCUCAUCGUUAAAGAACAUGUUAUGGAAAUUAUACUAUUCUAAAGCAUGCGCAGUCUAGAUAAAGUGUCUCGAACGAGAGAGAAAAUUAAUAUUUUUUCCAUACCAACUGUCCAUAUAAGAGUAUUACAUAUAUGGAAUAGACUAUAAUCAGAGGCAUUCUACCUAACUUUAGAUUGGAUAAAACUUUUACCAUAAAAUGAAAUUAAUAUUUCCAAUAACAAUUGAAAAUUUUUACUAGUGAAUAAUUUAUCAAAACAUUAUUUGAAAGACAUUACAGACAUUAAAGUUGGUAAUAUGGAAAUAAACAAUCAUAUAUUUAAAAAAUUAAAUUUCUUAGACCUUUUCAUCGGUUUAUGCUUCUGAAUGUUCUUGAUUCUAGGUCUUUUCUAAUUUAAAAUUAGUUCCUUUUACAAUUUUUUAAAGACAGGUGAAAAUUUGACGUUUCGACUUCUUUUAGUCUUUAUCAAAAUUUUUAUUUAAGUACACUAACAUUAUUGAAUGAGUGUAUAAACUUGUCUAAUCUUGUCAACAUUUGUAACACUUUGAAACUCAAUGUGAUUUAUUUAUGGCUGCACCUUAGAACAUAAAGUAGUACUAUUCUAUGUUCUAAGCGCUGCACUGAGCACUGAGCGAACUCUGACUAAAUAAAAAAACAUAAUGUUUGCAUUUUGAUGGUGAAAACAGUAUUUUAUUUUUGUUAAACAGUAAAAAGUAUAACCUAGUGAAAAACAGUAUAAUAUUGUUUAAAACAGUAUAGUUGGCAACUCUAUGUGAUACUCAUAUGGUUUAGUUGGCCUCUUGCAUUAAGCCCGACGUAGAAAAAUGAUUUAUUGCAUGCAAACGAGUAACAAUUGUUACCAACAUGAAAACACUAGUUUAUGACUGGCAGUUAUUACUAAGUCAUUGAAAGUACGUAUAAACAAAGUACUUUGGACUGCGUCGAUUAGAUAAUUUUAUUUAGAUAAUUGAUUUUGGUAAUUUGUUUAGAACCUUUGAUAUAAUUUAAUUAUUAUUAAUCUUACUUGCAGUUUUAUUUUAGCCCAAACUUAUUUCUGCUUCAAGACUGACACUAUAUGAGAUUUUAGCUAUGAAACAAUUUUUCAAUUACUCUAAUAGAUGAUUUUCUUGGUGAUAAGUUCCUGCCAUAAACUAGUGUUUCAGCCCGUAGGUGUAUGAGAUUUUGGAAGUUAUCUCGUCCAUAUUGUCAUAUUCUUCACUAUCCUUACCACCGGUUACCAUAUCGAUGAUUUCAUUGUUGGUGCUCUCCAUCUAAACAUCUUGAUUCCACUAAUCACAAAUGUCUUCACCGUUGAUUUAAUCUUCAACGGGUAGGUAACUCAUUCGCUAGUUUGACUAGUUCGAUUAUGUUCUCGGGUUCUGGCGUUUAUUUGCAUGGUCCAUGGUCUAUGUCAAAUCAAUUUUUCCACGUCUUUUGAACGGUGAUUGUUUUUACCUCAUCCCACGCUGACGCAAUUCAGUACGACAUAAUGUGACUUGUUUUAAGGCAAACUUAACAGUCAUUCCUACGUCUAACUCCAAAAUCAAUAUCUGAAGAAGCCUUCGCCGGUAGAUCCUCUUCAUCGCUUCUCGAACCCUUCGUCAAGAGUUUAUAUAAGCGAGGUUACAUUAGGGGGUUGAAAGAUUGCCUUGGGGCUAACACCAAAAGAGUUCAACGCGAGUUCAGAGCCAACUGAGUCUAUAAUGAGUCAUCUUCCCCUUUCCACGACAUGACAGCUCGAUCUAGCAACAGCCAGUAGACGCCAAUAGAGGCGUUUACGGCUCGACCGCGCUUGUUACUAUAUAAACAAAUAACCAUCGCAGCUCCCCGUAGAUGUCUCUUAGACUCGGAUAACCGGGAGUUUACUGUGGCCAAUUCAUGUACACAGUUUUUGCCUUGUAUUGUUACUACAGACCAAUACCAAGCAAAAAAAUUUAUAUUUUGAAUGUGAAUUAUUUUUCGUUUCAAAUAUUUGUUUUACUAGUUCUUAUAAUAUGUCCCGGUCAUCUUCACUGCCCUUCUAUCGUUGUUUUAUUUCUCGGAAUAAAUGCUAAUUUAAUCACAGAGAAGUUAUUCAAGGUUUUUUUUCUUGUUGUAUUUGUCUAGCUUAUCUAACAAAUUAUACGAAUUUUCUUAAGUGAAUCAAUCUUUUUUCAACAUACUAAGUACAAUAGUCAUCUAAUGCUAGCUAUUUCUAGCUAUACCCCUAGCAAGGUAUAGUCUAGGGGUAACGCACUUAAAGGAAUCUCGCGAAGGAGAAUGGUUAUAAUGAGACGAAGUCUUCUGUAAAAACAUUUUCCUGUCCCAGAUAGCGAGAGAAUUUAUUGCUGUGGAAUGUUGAGUUGUCUUGUGACCAUAAAGCCGCGUCAAAUAAGCCUAAACAAAUACGGGCUCACUAACAGAUAUUAAGUUUCGGAACCGUAAAAUCGCAUCCGAUAUAAGGUUCACAGCAUUCCAUUCAUUUUUAUUCCCUAUUAGAUAAAAUCCAGAGGUGUUAUUACAUUAUGAAAAAGCGUGAAGUGGAAGAACCAGGUAGACCCAGCUAGGCAUCGCUUCUUAAAAUGUAUGCCCAUAUACUCAAGUGUAUGAAUUGGAACUGCUGUUGAAGAAAACAAGCUGAAUUACAAAUGUUGUCCCUAACCACCAUACUAUAAUUAAGUUUACCAGUUAAUAUUUAACAUUUUUCCUUUUUAUUAAUUCUAAUAUAGGAGUCAUUUGAAUAUUUUGUACUCUAAAGACAAUGGGUACAUCUAAUGGAGAGCUUAUAUUUAUUGUACCCAGAAUGUAUUUUAUUUAUUGCCAAGAAAUCUUUUAAAUGUUUGUAAUAUGUACACUUGUUGAGAAGCUACAUACAAUAUGAUUCAUAUGUAAAAUUUUAUUUUAUUAGUAGUAUUUUUGAUGUAAUAUUUUUUAAUACAGAGUGUCCCUUAGUUCUGAUCUUCGAAUAUUGCUUUAGAUGUAAAGUUGAACAUUCAACAAUUACUUUUUGUAAAAUAAUAUAAAAUGUUUCUACGUGAAUUCUAGCAACCACUCAUAUAUUAUUUCCUUCCUUAACUGAACAGGAAUGUGAGGACAGAAUUUUGGGAUGUCUGGUAUGAUUUAAUUUUUGUCAAUGGUGCUAAAUGCUUUAUGCUCCUAGUAUAAAAGUAAGACUGUUUCAUCCAAAAUUAUAUAAUUGACAUGAGAAACUUGAAAACCAAAAAUUUUGAAGUUUUAAAAUAAUGUUGUGUUACAUAUUUUAGAUGGUUGUAAGUGUAUUGUAUGUGAUCUUGGAAUCUGAUCAAAGAAAAAUAUCAACUGAUUAGCUGAGUAGCUGAGUUUAAUCGAUAUAUAUAUAUAUAUAUAUAUAUAUAUAUAUAUAUAUAUAUAUAUAUAUAUAUGUAAUCUAUUGGUGGUUGCAUACGAGUUGUGUUCCGUGGUCAAAUUUUAAUCCGGGUUACUGUAAGCGUCGUAUAUCAAUUGUGUCCCUUCCAACAAAUGUAAUACUAAAUACUUCUGUGAACUAAUUUUACUUCUCAGGAUUAUCUAUAUAUAAAUAUAGAAUUCUGGUUAACCAUUUUCUUACCUGGAGCUUGAGUAAAAUACAUAAUACCAACUUAUUGGGGAUAAAUUUAAAGUAAUUGGUUUAAAUUUUAUGACCAAAAAUAUUUUUGCAAAUUUCAUUCCCAACAUUUUAGUUUUCGCUUUACCUUUGAAAAGUUUUAAUUUUAUUGUAAAAAUGUAGUCAGAGUCUGUAGUUUCUAAAUAUGAAAAAGGAAAAGUCUUGUAUAUUGUAGACGGUUUUAAAUUUAGAUUUCAAAAAAUUUCAAGUAGUGAAGUGCAACGAUGAACUUGUACAAAAGCAUCGUGUAAAGCUUAUAUUAGAAAACAAAAUGAUAUAAUUGUGGACGACGUUUUAGAUCACAAUCAUAAUCUAGCUUAACCUAACCUAAUUAACCCGGACGCAACUAGUAUAGACCUUUACAAGUUCGGUUAAACUAGUAAAUUCUCUUUAAAUAUCGAUUGCAAUUUAUUUAGAGUAAUAAUUGAAAAAUGUUCAUCAAUAUGAAUUGUGAUUUAGAAAUUUAGAAAGAACAUCUGGACUACAUGCAUUUCUAUGAAUAAAUGAAAUAUUUUUCUAAAUAUCUUUUUGUGUGUGAGAAAAAGAUUAUAUCAAAUAAUAAAUACAAGCAUCUACAAAAUACACAACAUUAUUAUCUCGUUUAGUCACAGUGAAAUACAAUUUGGUGAUGCCAAAAAAAAAUGAUGUAGAAGCAAAGCUAGUUUCAGUUCUCUCAUGUCUCUUGAAUACGUAAUUAUUAAAAACAAUUUCAUAUUUAAAGAAUUUCUCAAAGAAUAAAGAUGUUAGAAAUAUGUGCACUAUGCUAUUUUGAUUUUUCUUGCUUGAAAAUGAAAAAUGGUAUAACGCUUGUUUUCUGAUUUCUAAAGAGCACCAGAAAAAAAUGUUAACAAUAAUAAUUGUAUGGUAUUAUGGUGUAUUGUGUACAUAUUUUCAAAAAUGCUACUAAGACUGCUUUAAAAGUCCUUUAUAUCUGCUUAGUGAAA